AUGGAUGCGCUGCCGGAGGGAUGGAGUGCUUACCAGGACGAUCAAGGUCGCACCUAUUACGCCAAUCCCUCGACCGGUGAGACCAGUUGGGACCCUCCUGCCCCCGUUGCGCCCGCGCUCCCAGACGGCUGGACGGCCCACCAGGACCCUUCCACCGGGAAGACCUUCUAUGCCAAUUGCACCACCGGCGAGUCAAGCUGGGAGCCGCCGACAGCACCAGCUGCGCCGGCUGCCCCCGCGCCGGAGAAGCCUGGCCGCUGGUCCGUGGACUUCACGUAUACUAUCGGGCCAGAAGGCUCGGAGCACAUAUUCUCGGGCAAGGUCCAACUGCUCGACAAAUCCGUGCAUAGCUCCGUAAGUUUAGUGGUGGACAGCCUGAACUCGGGUGCUUUGGCGGUGCCUGAAGGCUACUGCGUGGUGUAUUCAAACUCCAAGAAAAACUACUUUUUGCUGUGGCGAGAAGAGAAGGAGACGGAAGUCUUUGCCUUGCUGGGCCUCGGCGGCUCUGACCAGUGGUCCACGUCACAGGUUCUGCGGCUGGACCCAGCUUGGACAGAGGAUGUGUUUGCUGGGCGCUGUGACGUGGUUGACAAGGUGCGCUAUGACUCGGUCACAGCUGCGGUGGAGGCCUUGAAUGCCGGCAUCGUCUAUGAAGGACAGAGAGGCUUUUGCGCAGUUUGGUCUGCCUCCCAACACUGCUUCCACUUGGUGUGGCGGCAGGACAAGGAGCAGGAGGCCUACGUAGCCUUGGGCCUCGCAUGA